AUGUCGUCGCUUUUACGCUCUACGAAAUUUGUACGAUAUUUUACUGGUGCAGCGAGAACGCUUAUUCUCAACUCUGCCAAGACCGCUGAAGGCAAUUUGUUGAUUAAUUCAAAAGCAUUAAGUGCUGCUAAUAAUGUUUUGCUGAGAGACUAUGCAACAUCAAAGAAACCUGAAAGUUUAGAGCCCUUGCUCCAGAAACUGGACUUGGAAGUAAGAAGAUUUGGAAGAAUCACUAAGAAAGACAUCGAUGAAGUUUUUGAUGAGAUUAGAUCAAAAAAUGACAUCACUAGUUCACAAUCCCUACUUGUUAUUCGUUGCUGUGGGGAACUUGUGCCAGAAGAAUUACCAGAACAAAGAACCCUUCUGGUACAAAAGAUUUGGGGUGUUCUGACUGAGCGUGGAAUUCCUAUGGAUAUCUCUCACUACAAUGCUUUACUGAGGGUUUACAUUGAAAAUGAGCAUCCAUUCUCACCAGCCAUGUUCCUUGAAGAGUUGGAAAAGAAGGGAUUGCAACCCAACAGAGUAACAUAUCAACGAUUGAUGUGGAGGUAUUGCCAAGAAGGCGACGUUGAAGGCGCAACGAGAGUUCUAGAAAAAAUGAGAGAACUCAAUAUGCCUGUCUCAGAACCAGUCUUAAAUGCUCUGGUCAUGGGACAUGCAUUCCAUGGGGACACAGAAGGUGCAAAAGCUGUGUUGGAAACUAUGGCAGGAGCAGGCUUAGAACCUACUAAUAGAACCUAUACUCUACUUGCUUGUGGAUAUGCUAAAGAGGGUGAUAUAGAUGGCAUCGAAAAGACAAUCAAAAUGGCGAAAGACAAAGAGGAUGUCUUGACUGAUAAGGAUAUUAUGGAUAUCGUCGAACAUCUUGCAGUUAGUGGACAUGGUGACAAAGUAGAUCAGUUGUUCCCCCACCUCCAAAAAAGUGCUGGAUACAACCAGGAUGCAUGUAAUCUUAUUCUAAGACUUCUUAAUAAAGGACAGGAUAAAACAGCUAAAAUGGUCAUGAAAACGAUGCCAAAAUCACCAAAUACCGAAGACACAAUAUUUAAGGGUGCAUUCUUCGUCAAACAAUUGUUACGACUGAAUAAACCUGUCGAGGAUGUAAUCAAAACCUGCAGGGAACUGCAAAGUGAAGGAUUAAUACCUAAUGCUAUCUACAUAGCCACUGAAGCAGCUCUAGCUAAUGGGCAAAGUGAAUUGGCCCAAAAACUGUUUAGUGAAUUGAAAAAAGAAGGAGUCGAAAUUAGACAGCAUUAUUACUGGCCACUCUUAGUUCAGAAAGGAAAAGAAAAUGAUGAAGAAGGUAUGCUUCAAAUGCUACGAGAUAUGGCUAGCAAUAAUAUGCCACCAACUGGUGAAGCCCUCAGAGAUUAUGUUAUCCCUUUCCUAAUUAAAAAUGAUACUCCACAGAAUGUUAUACUGAAAUUACAAAUUGCCAAUGUCCCAAUAAUUUACAGUGCCAGAAACGUAAUGGUUGAACUUUUGGAAGUUGGAAACAUUAGGAAAGCAGCAGAAAUUGCGUUACAAUAUCGACCAUGGGGUAAUUAUGCUCUUGUUGCUCGUUCUCUAAUAACUGCUUUGAGUAAAACAAAAGAUAUUGAUUCGUUUGUAUCCAUAUUACAUGUAAUAAGUAGUAAAGGGCGUAGUUCACAACUUGAAGAAGAUUCUGUAAACGAUGACUCCCUAAGUGAGGAUAAUAACGUCAUUGCUGAAGUUAGUCGUAUUGUGAAAACUGCAAUUAAAAAUUUAAAUAAACCUGACUCUUGUGAGAAACUUCUACAGGGUAUUUAUGACAAGGGUUUAAGGAUUAAUACUGAGGCAGCAGAAAUGUUAGAGCAAUAUCUUGGUGAAAGUAUGACUACAAAUUUAUCACAGUUGCUCUUCAAGCUAACGUCAUCGGAAUUAGAUGUGGCGCCAAUUGAAGGGCCGCGCAGAGUUGAUGUUGGUGAACUUACAACUGCUCAAAUGGAAGCUCAAUAUGCGUCGCUGAAAAAUAAAGGUAAUACAAACUUGACACGCUUACAAAAACAACUUCUUUUGGCUUACAUUAAGGAGAACAAUCUUAAAAAGUUGAAUACACACAUUGAGGAACUAAAAGCAUCAAACUUUGAAAUUACAACCCCAACACUGGCACAACUAUUUGAAUUUUAUUGCGAAAAUGAUGAAAUUCAAAAAGCUGAAGAAUGCAAGACAGAAAUUGAAAAAAGAAGUCCUAAUUUCUUACUGAAUAAAUAUAAAUUGGUACUGAUGGCGUAUGCUUUGGUUAGAGCGAACAGAAUUGACGAAGCAAUCGAGUAUUUAAAAAAACAUAAGCAAACAGAUGUUGCUGAUGCCUCAGGUUUUAUGGUCAACUCAAAGUGUUGGCAGAUGUUAAAUACAUUAGCGGAACAGAAGAAUGAUGAAAAAGUGACAGAACUGACAAAUACUCUUAUUUCAUGCAACUACAUAGAGCCUUCUAAUAUUAUAUUGGGGCCUUCAAUUAAAGUGCAUCUACUAAAGGAAGAUAUUGACAGUGCUCUGAAAACGUUUGAACACUUCUGUAAACAAUAUAGAUCAACUCCUUGGAAGGGAGAAUUGAUGAAAGCGCUUAUCUUGAAAGAAGAUGCCACUAAACUGCAAUGGUUAGCUGACCUUAGCACCCAGGUUCAUGGCGAAGUAAAUAUACUUCAUGACUUGGUAUUAGCAUUUAUUGAAUGUGGCCGUUUACGUCAAGCUCGCCGCAUAUUAGAAACACCAGGAUUGCAGACUCGCAACCGCCGAUUGGAGGACGCCUGCCAGAGAUAUGUUGAUGAAGGAAAGUCGGAAUAUUUAGAAGGGUUACUCGAAGCCACAAAAGAAUUAUCACAUAUAGACCGUAGUAACAUUUUCUAUCAUUUACUCGUAACAUACUGCAAGGCUGAUGAGACUGACAAAGCACUUGGCCUUUGGACUGUACUACAAGAAGACGGUGAAGUACCUAGCGAGCAAUUCCUCAAAUACCUUGGGCAACACCUCAAGUCUAAAAACAGACAAGUACCAUUCGUUAUCCCUGAAGAUAAGAGUGUCAAAACUAUUAAGCCUAAGAAUGUCGUCGAAAAGAUUGUAACAAAAAAAGAACUCACUAAACCUACCAAAAAUGAUGUAUCUAUCAACAUCGAGACCUUGACGAAAAAUGGCGAUCUAUCGCAAGCUACGGACUUCGCUAUCAAAUCUAUAGACCAUGGUGUUAUACCAAAAAGUAAUGUUCUAAAGUUCUUGCUGAAAUCUUUAGCAGAAGGAGGUCAUGUUGAAAAAAUUCAACAACUGGGGAAACAAAUAAAUGAGUCACUAAAACGCCGUGUGACAUAUAACGACAAAUUGACGCAUGCAAUUUUCGCAAGAGGAGCUGGCUCUCAACACAUCGACAAUUUGAUGGAGUCCGUCCAAGCUGCUAAAACUGACGAGGAUUUGGAAAAUGCUUUGAAACACUUCCCGAGGAGUAAUGCUUUGGCAACCGUCGUUCAAGACGAGAAGCUUGUUGAUAAAUGUACCCAAAUUGCCGAAAUUGCCGCAUCAAGAGGAUAUAUUUUGCCAAUCAAUCUAUUGUGGAUGGAACUGCUUUUGUGCGGUAAAGAGAAAGAAUCCAAUGCUAUUUGGACAAAAUGGUUAAGCACUGCACCAACAGUGGUGUUCAGAAGGCUAUUACAAGAAAGUCACUUAAGAAAAGAACCGCAACUAAUCGAAAAACUUAUCAAUUUAUUGAAGACAAGCUCACCAAUCUCUAACGGUUCUUUGGUGGACUCUUUGAAACGAGGAGGAAGGUUUUACUUGUGCUGGGUAGCAGAUUCCUGGCCACUGCGAUUUGCCACCAUAACACACCGACAGCUUUGGUCACAAGAUAUCCGAAUAAUAUGUGACGAUUUAGUCGAAGUUAUAAUGAACGAGUCUGGUCGUCCAACACAAAGAUUUUCACUCCGACUUAGCUCCCAACUUCUGCGGGGGCUGGUGCGACUUUACCAAAAAAAAGUUAAUGUGUUCCUGGGUGAAUUGUGCAGACUCAAUGCUAAUGUUAUCAAAAGUGCUAAUAAAAAAUGGAAUACACAGGAGGUUGAAAUUGUGAGGCGUAUUAAGCGUCCAUUGCCACAGCUAAACUUCCAAGAUGCCCAGGGAGCACCAGAAAAUGAACAAAGAAUAGUGGAAAUGAUUCAGGCAAGCGGAAAUGCUGUUUCAAACAUUGAAGAUAUAACACUGAGAGAACCUACAAUAGUCUCUGAAAUGCUUUUAAGACCAAAUGACGGGUUCGGCGAAGAGCACCCGGAGCAGUCCUCGGAGCAGCUGCAGGACCGCACCGUGGAACAGAUGCUGGUGCGCGCGGACGUGUCGGCGCAGCGCUCCGGCCUGGAGCUGCCGCUGGACCUCACCGACGCGUCGCACGACCGGACGCGCCUGCUGCUGCCACACGUGCGCAUGGAGAGGAUGUCCGACCACGACCUCACCGUCUUUACUAAAUCUAAUGCAGAGGAAUUGGUACCAGAAUUUGAAAAAGACAUUCCUGAAAUACCAGAAAUCCCGCCUCCUGAAUUGCCCGUUCCUGUACCCGAGAAAUCUCGCAAUGAAGUACUUGGCGAGGAGCACAGGGUUAUUCCUGUUGAAUCAUCCAAAGAACCCGAGCAAGUAGAAAUAGAACUGGAGGAAAUACAAGCGGAACCACAAAGCAGAAAACGAAAGCUAAGGCAUAGAUUAAUGGUUGACAAAAAAAUUAAAAUUAGUACACAGUUCUUUCGAACCAGACUCGAAAAUCCGCGAGUAGAACUACGAUGCCAGGAUAGUUCGGAGGACAUUAUCUUGAUACGCGUACCUCCUGCAUUCUAUUUUCGUCGCCCUUGUCACGGUGGGGAAGGGGUUACUUCUAACCUUGGAUUUGUAAUAAGUCGUCUUUUUGCACGAAAUCUUGGAGUUAUAAAUAAUCGACCACUCGAGGAUAGAGAAAUAGAGAGAGUAAUGCAGAGGUCAAAUUAUUGUGGCACAAGGUCAUUGCUUGAAAGGAUCGAGGAAGAACAGGAAGUUCCGAUAGUCGUGGAGCGGCCACAGGUAGAUCUGGAACAGAUCCAGGUUGAAGAGAUCGCAAUGGAACAGAACGUGCCGGAGGCUACGCGUCCUAGUGUUGGCGCCCAGCUCGACGUGGACAUCGCGGACAUGCUAACGCAGAAAAUUGAAACACUAUCUCAAGCACGCAAAAGAAAAGAGCAAGAUGCACUGGCGACUACCACCCCAAAAAGACAACGUUCUGUAGGUUACGUUUCGUUCCGAGAGAGUCAAGUAGCGAGAUUGACAAGGCAGGAUGCGAGCUCAGAAGCUGACAAAGAAAAUAUACCUGCGAAUAUACUUCCGCGAACGACGUUUAGUGAUGAACCGAGACCGGCACAAAAUGCAGAGAAGAUUGUGUCAUCGAUGUUACAAGAAGCAGGGUUGGCAGACAUUCAGAUUGCGUCAUCUGUCGUAGUCGAGACUGGCCCGCAAGUAUCGCAACGCGCAGUGUCAAUCGGCAAACCUGGCCGAGGAAAUCUUAGUGAUAGUUCGGAGACACCACUGGGUAGCCUUGAUAGAACAAAAGUAUCUCUUGGAGAUUCAGAACAAACCACGGAUUCUAAAAGGUUUAUACGCGAUCAAUGGGGUACUGAAGGCACUAUGCUGAAAAUCCUAACACUCGUCAAAUCAGGUCGGAAACCGGUAACAGUGAGUACUCUUGUCAAGAAAGGUCCAACCAUAGCCGGGUAUACUCGUGUUAUUGCUGCGCGAUGCUUUACUUCCAUACUCAAAUUAAAGCAACAUGGAUUCAUCAACACCUCCAAGGACCCUGGUACGCUAGAAAUAAAUGCCAUCACCUUAGGAGAAAAACUAACAAGCUCUCAGGAACAAUACUAA